GGGGGCGGGCUCGGGUGCGGGCGCGGCGGGGGCUGCGGCUUCAGUUUGUAGAAUCUGACCAGAUGAGUUUUGAAUGAGCCCACAAAGGGCUUCCAACUCUCACCUUCCUCUUCUGAAGGUUGGCACUCCACCCCUGUGAGCAUCAGUUUCUAAAUUUUCCCCAAGGACUGACAGAAAACUCAGCAGGGUGUGUCUGGCAGCUACUCCAAGAAACAUGGCCAAGUUUGCCCUGAAUCAGAACCUGCCUGUCUCUCCAGGUCUCCUAGGUCUGACGCCCCCCUCCGCCCCUGUCAUGCCUGCAGACCUGGGUGGCCCUCGCCUGUGCCCCGGUGCCAGUGGAGGCGCCCGCAGCCCGAGCUCGCCCUACUCGGUGGAAACGCCAUACGGCUUCCACCUGGACCUGGACUUCCUCAAGUACGUGGAGGAGUUGGAGCGCGGCCCCGCCACUCGCCGCGCUCCGGGACCCCAGGCUGCGCGCCGCCCCCGCGCGUCCCGGACCGGCCUCGCGGGCGCGCGCAGCCCUGGAGUCUGGACAUCCAGCGAGUCCUUGGCCAGUGACGACGGUGGGGCGUCGGGCGCACUCUCCCCGGGCGCAUCUUCGGGGUUGCUGCUGCCACAGCUGUCGCCCCGCGCGCCCGUGCGCAACCCGCGCGUCGAGCACACUCUCCUGGAGACCAGCCGGCUGCUGGAGCUGGCGCAGGCUCAGGAGCGCGCGCCCAGCCCCUCUCGCAUGGGCCUGCGCAGCCCGCGCGGGUCCGGCCACAGCAGCCCGGUCCCCAACCCAGCCCCCGCCUCUCCUGGCCCCGCGCAGCUGCAGCUGGUGCGCGAGCAGAUGGCAGUGGCGCUGCGGCGCUUGCGCGAGCUCGAGGAGCAGGCGCGCGCGCUGCCCGAACUGCAAGAGCAGGUGCGCGCGCUGCGCGCAGAGAAGGCGCGGUUGCUAGCCGGGCGCCGGCUGCCGGAGUUCGACGUGGAGGCCGAGGCGCGCCCAGAGAAGCUUGCACAGCUCCGGCGGCUCACCGAGCGCCUGGCCACCUCUGAGCGCGGCGUUCGCUCCAGGGCCAGCCCCGGGGCUGACGGCCCCGACGGGUCGGCUUCUAGGCGCAGUGAAGGCGUUCUGCAGGUCCUCGACGGGGUGCCCCAGACGCGGGAGGCUGGCACACAGACCAUGCUGGAGACGGAAGAGGCGGGACCCCAGGCAGUGCCAGAGACCCAGGAGGCCGGCGUGGGGGCAGCUCCCGAGACCCUUGAGGCGGAAGCUUGGGUAACCGAGGCUCUGCUGGGGCUGCCCGCGGCCGCCGAGCGCGAGCUGGAGCUGCUGCGUGCCAGCCUGGAGCAUCAGCGCGGGGUGAGCGAGCUCCUGCGGGGUCGGCUGCGCGAGCUGGAGGAGGCCCACGAGGCUGCCGAGGAAGCAGAGGCAGCCGCAGCGGCAGAGGCCCGGCCCCAGCCGUGCGAGGCUGCCACCCAGACCCCCUGGGGUUGUGCCGAGAAGGCCACGCAGACAGAGACCCCCGCGGAGGGCCCUGCUCCGACGCAGGAGAACCUGCCUGGACCCACAGAUGGGGACAUGGCGGUGGCGCCCACGGGCACCCUCAAGUCCAUUAUGAAGAGGAGAGACGGUACACCUGGCGCCCAACCCAGCCCCGGACCCAAGAGCCUGCAGUUUGUUGGGGUCCUCAACGGAGAGUAUGAGAGCUCAUCCAGCGAGGGUGACAGCAACAGCGACAGUGAGGACGGCGCUGCUAAGCCUCCGAGGAGCAGCUCCUCGGGCUCAGGUGACGACAGUGGCGGCGGAUCGGACUCAGGCACCCCCGGCUCUCCCAGCUGCGGGGAAGCCCAGGACCCCGAGCCCGAGGCAGAGCCAGAGCCUCAGCCGGGAGCGCAAGGGAGGUGCGAGCUGAGCCCGCGUUUGCGGGAGGCGUGCGCAGCGCUGCACCGACAGCUGAGCCGACCCCGUGGAGUCGCCCGCGACAGCGGCGCAGCGCGCCUGGUGGCCCAGGAGUGGUUUCGAGUGUCGAGCCAACGGCGCUCUCAAGCGGAGCCCGUGGCCGGGGUGCUGGGCGCGGUGGGGCGCCUGGGACGCGAGCUGCUGGAGCACGUGGUGAACCUGGCGGAUGGCAACGGGAACACAGCCUUGCACUACAGCGUGUCCCAUGGGAACCUGGCCAUCGCGAGCUUGCUGCUGGAUACGGGGGUCUGCAACGUUGACCACCAGAACCGAGCCGGCUACUCGGCCCUCAUGUUGGCUGCACUCACCUCUGUGGGGCAAGAUGAGGACAUGGUCGUGGUCCAGAGACUCUUCUGCAUGGGCAAUGUUAACGCCAAGGCCAGCCAGACAGGACAGACAGCCCUCAUGCUGGCCAUCAGCCAUGGCCGCCAGGACAUGGUAGCAGCCCUCCUGGCGUGUGGGGCAGAUGUGAAUGCACAGGAUGCAGAUGGGGCCACAGCGCUGAUGUGCGCCAGUGAGUAUGGGCGCCUGGACACUGUCCGGCUGCUGCUGGCCCAGCCAGGCUGCGACCCUGCCCUCCUGGACAAUGAAGGUACCAGUGCCCUGGCCAUUGCCCUGGAGGCUGAGCAGGACGAGGUGGCCGCUCUGCUGCACGCCCACCUGAGCUCUGGCCAGCCUGGUCCCCUGUUGUCCCCUGACUCUCCCAUGGCCGUGCCUGGUGAAGGAGAAUGCAGCGACAGUGAAAAGGACCCCCAGCCUCAAUGACUGGCCUGACUCGCUGAACCCAGAAUGGGGGAGAGACCUCUCCCUCCCCCACCUCAGCCUCUGGGCAUAGCAGGGACCAGGGGUUGCAUCCAGAUGCUAGCCCUAGACCAAAAGGAUGGCUGGGAUGGCUCAGUGGCCAGAGGGGCUCACCUGGAACUCUGCAGGGUGAGGUGGGGGCUGAGAAGUGAUACAACCCUAGUCCACCCACUUCUCCAGCCUUCUACCCUAAUAAAACAUUCCUAACUCA